AUGGCGCGUUUAAGACACCCCGCAGGAGAAAAGGGCAUUGCGGAAGGUUGUCGAUCAUUCGGGGGCCUCCAAAUCAUUGCAAAUAACUCCUCACUCUCUCCGGAGGAGAUUGUCGCCAACGCGCCGUCAACACAGAUAUUUGGAUGGCAGCUUUAUGUCCAGUUGGAUAGGCCGUUGAGUGAAAGCAUGUUGGCACGUGUUAAUCGGCUGGCUCAAAUCAAGUUUAUCGUGUUAACACUCGACGCACCAGUGUCAGGUAAGCGAGAGGACGAUGAGCGGAUCCACAUUCAAGCCAAUAAAACAGCAAGUGUCAGCACCCAGCUCUUUGCUGGGACGGGUCCAUCGCUCACUUGGGCGGAUACUCUUCACUGGUUAUCUCGGCAAACAACCAAGCCAAUUGUCCUCAAGGGAAUACAGACACACGAAGAUGCAGUUCUGGCCGCUCAUUAUGCGCCUUUGAUGCAGGGGAUUGUUCUGUCCAACCAUGGUGGGAGAUCGCUUGACACAGCCCCUCCUGCAGUACACACUCUCCUUGAACUUCGAAAAUAUUGCCCGGAUGUGUUUGACAAGGUUGAGAUUUGGGUAGAUGGUGGCAUUCGUCGCGGUACAGAUGCCGUCAAGGCGCUAUGUCUUGGGGCGAAAGCUGUUGGGGUAGGAAGACCGGCUCUCUGGGGUCUCGCUGCUGGUGGAGUCGAGGGUGUUGAACGAACAUUGAAAAGUUGGUUCUCCUUCAAAACAUCGAUUAUGAUGCCGUUGCUAAUCUAA